AGGGAACUUGUGAAGCUUCAGAAGGAGCGACUGCGUGAGCAAAAUACGCUGGAGCAGCUCAAAAUCGGCGUGAAGCAAGCGCAGGAGGCCCAACAAGAGGCAAUGCGAGACCAUCCCAAAAUUACCCUGCCGCUCACCCUCCUUGCCAACUCGCUGCCCAAAAAGAUGAAUACUGUGUCGACGGGCGUAGCCGCGACCUGUGCGAUGCACAACUGCUUCGACCACUCCCGUUGCAGCCUCACCUCUGGCUUCCCAGUGUACCUAUACGACCCCGGCGAGCACAGCGUCCAAAGAGCUGGCUACGACAUCGAUGAGUUCCUCAAAAAGACUCUAAAACAGAUUCUAGGCUCCAAUGCGCACAUCGUGACGGAUCCAACGGAGGCCUGCAUCUUCCUGGUUAUAUUGGGCGAAGCUCUCUUGGUUAAGCAGCAGCCGACGGCAUCCAGCCACACACACGACUGCCCCAUUGACACCCAGAAGCUGUACAACCUGCCCUACUGGGGCGGUGAUGGCCGCAACCAUGUGCUGCUCAACCUCGCACGCCGUGACCUCUCCUCCCGCCGCACCAAUGCACUGCUUCAGCAGAACACCAUGCGUGCCAUUGUCGUUCAGAGCGCUUUUGAGAUGAACCAGUUCCGGCCCGGAUACGAUCUGAUUGUGCCCCCCAUCCUGGGGCCACCCGGAGGAGACGUUUGGCAGGAGUGUGCCAGCAUGGUGCCCGCCCGCCGCAAGUACUUGAUUUCGUUCCAAGGAGAGAUGAGACCGAGAACAGACUCUCAAGCCUCAAACCCGCUCGACGACUUCAUUCUGGAACACUUGACUGACAUGUCUAAGGGACCCACUCAGGAUCAGUUCGAGCUGCAGUUCCAGUGCGUGCCUGCCACGGAGCAGCAGGAGGCGGACUCCGUGUCCGACUGGACGCUCUGUGGAUCGGAUUCCUCCCGCAAACAUCUGCUGAAGGACUCUACCUUUGCGCUGAUCCUUCCGCCGCUCAGCGGGCGGGUUGCUUCCACCCUCAUGCUGGCCCGACUCUACGAGGCGCUGCGCUCUGGGGCCAUUCCCGUCAUCCUCGGAGCAGAUGAACUCCGACUGCCGUACGCGGAGACUCUGGACUGGCGUCGGGCGGCACUCCUCAUGCCCAAAGCUCGCAUCACGGAGCUGCACUUCCUACUGCGAGCCGUCCAGGAUGCGGACUUGCUUCUUCUGCGGCGCCAGGGCCGUCUUAUCUGGGAGCGCUACCUCAGUUCGGUUCAGGCCACGGUGGAUACGGUUAUAGCUAGCCUACGCGAUCGGCUAGGGAUACCACCGCGGCCUAUUCCAAGCGUUGUUUCUCAUCACAUUUUCAACAUUUCGGUUACGCCGUUAAUGGCAAAGAUAAGAUUAACCAUUCAGCCGGAGGAGUCUCUUGGCCCCAUUGAGCCGCCUUAUCCGAGCCCCGCCUUUGGCCGAAACUACACGAUUCUACGCGUGCAGUCAAUGGAGGUCUGGAACGACUGGGUUGAACCCUACUACUUGUACCCCCAGCUGCCCUUCGAUCCCGCCCUUCCCUCCGAAGCAAAGUUCAUCGGAUCCCAUACAGGAUUCCGGCCAAUCGGUAAGGGAAUUGGAGGCGCCGGUAAGGAGUUCAGCGAGGCUCUCGGCGGGAACUACCCCAGGGAGCAGUUCACCAUCGUAAUUUUAUCAUACGAUCGGGAGCACGCACUGCUGGGAUCCCUGCGCCGCCUUUACCGACUGCCCUAUCUCUACAAGGUGGUCGUGGUAUGGAAUUCGCCAAAGUCGCCGCAACUCAGUCUCCGCUGGCCGGCUAUCGGAGUGCCCGUCGAAGUUGUACGCGGACAGCAUAACUCGCUCAACAACCGCUUCCUGCCAUGGGACGUAAUAGAGACGGAGGCGGUGCUCUCGAUGGACGACGACGUUCAAAUCGGACAAGACGAGAUUGUGUUCGGCUUCCGGGUGUGGCGCGAGCACCGCGAUCGUAUCGUGGGAUUGCCUGGCCGCCACCAUGCCUGGGAUGCCGUCAGCAGCACGUGGCGCUACAACUACAGCUUCAGCUGCGAGCUGAGCAUGGUGCUCACCGGAGCGGCCUUCCUGCACAAGUACUACAUGUACCUGUACACCUAUCAUAUGCCGCAGGCCAUUAGGGACAAGGUGGAUGAGAACAUGAACUGCGAGGACAUCGCCAUGAACUUCCUUGUCUCGCACAUAACUCGAAGGCCGCCGGUGAAAAUCACUUCUCGUUGGAGCUUUCGCCGUCGAGGAAUUAAGUCUUCGCUCAGCCAAAGACCCAAGCACCUUGAGGACCGCCACAAGUGCAUCAAUUUCUUUAGCCAGGUGUUCGGCUACACGCCCCUGCUGAACACCCAGUACCGGGCGGACUCGGUCCUGUUCAAGACUCACAUUUCGAAAGACAGGAAAAAAUGUUUCAAGUACGUCUAGCUCUAGUCGGGUCGGGGCAUCCAAUAGAGGGACAUCCAAUAGAGGGGCAUGCAUCUGCAUCGAAUAGGAAUGUAUUCAAGGUGGAUU